AUGAAAACAAGUGAUGGUAAAUCUCGUUAUUUUGGUUUUAUUGGUUAUCGCACAGAACAAGAAGCAAAUGAGGCAUUAAAGUAUUUUAAUAAUACUUAUAUACAUACUUCAAGGAUCGCAGUUGAGAUUGCUAAACCUGUAAACGAUUCAUCACUUUCUAGACCUUGGAGUGCGCACAGUGUUGGUUCUUCAAGAUAUGAGAUGAAACAUCAACAAUUCCGUCAACAAAAUCCUAAUAAUAAAUCAUUAGAUGACACUUCCAAAAAUGCAAAAAUUGAAAAAUCAGAUGAUGAUGAACUUUAUCAAGAUUUACCAAAGCAAGGCAAGAAAAAUGUGACUAAAUCUGCAAAUAAUAAAAAUAAUAUGUCAAGUAGCGAGAGCGAAGAUGAAGAAAUGCAGGAUGUUGAUACGACUAUAGACUCGAUAUCAGAUACAGAUUGGCUCAAGUCAAGAAUGAGAGGAAAACUUGAUUUAGAAGAUGAAGGAGAGAACAAAGUUGACUCUUCAUCUGAUCCUGAUAAUGAAAGUAGUCAAGAUGAUGAGGAAAAGGAUGAUAUUGACGUACAGUCUUAUGAUACGAAUAAUGAUGAUAUACAAACACCCAACAAAGAGGCAAAUAAUAAUAAUCAUUCCACCGAAGUUCCAGCAGAAGAAUCUAUAGGUGAAACUGGUCGUUUAUUCGUUAGAAAUCUUCCAUACAUCUGUACGGAAGAAGAUUUACGGAGAGAGUUUAUCAAAUUUGGACCACUUGCCGAAGUUCACAUGCCGCUUGAUAAAGAAACUAAGAAACAAAAAGGCUUUGCUUAUAUUCUUUAUCAUAUUCCCGAGCAUGCUGUCAUGGCUUAUAUAGAACUUGAUAACAAAUUUUUUAUGGGUAGAUUAUUGCAUAUUUUGCCUUCUAGGGAAAGACCUACAUCACGCGACGUUGAUCAAAGUAAAUGGAGUUUGAAAAAACAAAAAGAGAUGAAACUGAAAGCACAAGCAACAAACGACUUUAACUGGAGUACUUUAUAUAUGAAUAGCAAUUCAAUUGCCGAAUCCAUUGCAAAUAGAUUUAAAAUUAAAAAAUCGGACAUAUUAGAUCCCGAGAGUGACAAUAUGUCCGCUCGUCUUGCUCUUGCAGAAACACAUAUUAUACAAGAAACGAAAGCCUUUCUUUCCGAGAAUGGAAUGUGCUUAGAUUCCUUUGGAAAAAAGGAGAAAAGUGAUACUGUUAUCCUGGUAAAAAAUAUUACGUUCAGUACCACUAAAGAAGACUUGCAACAAUUAUUUGGAUGGUACGGAGAAAUUGGUCGCAUACUAAUACCACCGGCCCAAACUCUUGCUGUAAUAGAAUUCUUACAUCCAACGGAAGCUAGGAACGCAUUCACAAACCUUGCUUAUAAAAUGUUUAAGGGAGUUCCACUUUAUCUAGAAAAAGCGCCAAGUGGUGUCUUUAAAAAUGAUGAAUCAUCUGAACAAGAAGGAAAGAAAGUAGUAUCUUCUGCUGACCUUGUUGAACCUACACCUGAUAUAGAUGAUGAUAACGUCGAUGUUGAUUCUGAAGUGACUGCUACUCUAUUUGUGAAAAAUAUAAGUUUUGAAACUACAGAAGAAGGGCUAAAAAAUUUAUUCAAAAGUACUCCUGGUAUGAAAUCUGCAAAAAUAAGAAUGAAGAAUGAUCAAAAAAAUCCCGGUAAGAAGUUAAGUAUGGGAUUUGGUUUCAUUGAAUAUGAUAGUAUAAAAAAUGCAAAGAAUGCCUUAAAAGCUAUGCAGAAUUAUUUACUUGAUGGUCAUGCGUUACAACUGAAAUUUUCAAAUCGUGGAGAUGUUAUACAAAGAAAGAAAAAAGACGAAAUCAUUAAAAAGAAACAAGAGUCGACCAAAGUUAUAGUUAAAAAUGUAGCCUUUGAAACAACAAUAAAAGAAUUAAGGGAAUUAUUUGGUGCUUAUGGACAAAUUAAAUCACUUAGAAUACCAAAAAAAUUUGAUCGUACAUCACGUGGUUUUGCCUUUAUAGAGUUUUUAACGAAACGAGAUGCAAGAAAUGUUAUGGAAAAUUUACGAGAUACUCAUUUAUUGGGUAGACAUUUAAUAUUGGAAUAUGCUGAAACUGAAAAAAAUGUUGAAGAAUUAAGAGAGAAGGCUGGUAGAGAAUAUAUUGCCGACAUUGAAGGCGGAGACGGUAGAAUGAGAAAAAGGAAAAAGGUUGAUAUGGAAGAUUGGAAAGAAAGUCAACAUGAUGAUGAAAUGGAAGAAUAA